AGCUCCAGACUCCCGUCAACAUGUUGGUGACAUACAUCCUUGCCUCUGUUUUGCUCUUCAAUUCUGUGCUGGGCCAGAAAUGCAGCACCACAUGGGGCAUCAGAGACACCAGUUACCUUAUUGAAAAGCUGAAGGAUGAUCCACUGUCAAAAUGCAGCUGCAGCGGCAACGUGACCAGCUGCUUGUGUCUCUCUGUCCCAACUGAUGAUUGUACCACACCGUGCUACCAGGAGGGACUGUCACAGGUGACCAAUGCCACACAGAAAACAAGAUUCUCGCCUAUUUUCUUUCGGGUGAAAAGGAUAGUUGAAGUCCUAAAGAACAGCAAGUGUCCGUUCUUUUCCUGCGAAAGGCCAUGCAACCAGACCGCGGCAGGCAACACACUGUCAUUUCUGAAGAGUCUCCUGGGGACAUUCCAGAAGGCAGAGGUGCAAGUUCAGAAAAGCCUACCAUGAAGACAGAUUCUAUUUAUUCUAUUUAUUGAAUUUACAAAACCUCCCCUCCUUCAUUGUUACAGUGAAGAAAUAAACUAAGCUAUUCU